UGCUACCUUUUCAGUUUUUCUUAUUCACUUUUUUAGUUUCCCCCAUUCCCUGUUAUCGUCGCUUUUGAAAGGCGUUACGUUCUUCGUCUAAAUUGCUUUUGCAGAAGGACGUGUCAACGAAAGCGUAUAUCAAUUUUCAACGUCGACCUCUUUGAGUCUUUCAUGUCUCCACCAAACUACGAAUUCUUACUAUCGUAGUUUCUUUUGCGGUCGUGUUGUUUACACACAUUCACUUAUUCGUAUUUUUAUCUUUCUUUUGUGUGGUUGCUUCUUCUGGUGAACAUCCUUUUUUAUAUUGAAGUUGGGGAUGUUCUUGUUUCCGAAGCAUAUAUAAAAUUCUUAUUUAGCCAGUUUUAAACAGCGUGCUGUAAUUUUUUAAGCUACAUUGCGCUACCUGUCUACUGGUACAAUGAAAGUUCUGGUGACUUAACUGUGAAGAGGUCUUAGAAAUGGAGAAGCCACCAAUUCCAAAUGCAUCACCCUCAUCGAAACCAGCGCCAAAAUCAAACCCAAAAAGGAAGAUUCCGUCGCCGAAGGAGCUGAUAUCACAUUAUGAAUCCCAAGGGAUGGAUGCACAGGAAGCAUCCAUCAAGGUGAUAGAGGAUCUGCAGAGGGCGCUGUUCGGAGUGAUAUCGUCCGGCAGAGGGAAAAAGGACAAGCUGUUGAUUGAUUCUUCAAGGAAGAUGGAUGCAGUUAAUGGCAGACUAGCAGUUCUUGACAUGAAGCUUGAUUCAAAGCCUGGUUAUGUUGAGACUUUUGCAAUUGGGGUUGCAUCUGCUGCCACACUUAGAGGAAUUGGUGCUAUCAUGCCUCAUAUCAUUGCCCCUAUUGCACAGAUAUGGAAUUCUGUUACCACUGCCACUAAAUCUACUCCACAAUGACCAUUUAUCUUAUUGUACCAUUCUUAAUUACUUGUUAGAACUUAGCACAUUGUUCCUUAAGUAAAAGUAAAAAUAAAACUCUCUUCCAUAA